AUGGGCCAAACUCCCUCCACCCCCAAGCCCGACACCACCAUCCAAGUCAUCGGCGCCGGUCUCUCCCGCACAGGCACUGCCUCGCUCAGCGCCGCCCUCUCCAUCCUCCUGGAGGGCCCCGUCUACCACGGCGGCACGCAGAUCACCCUUGGCCCGCCCACGGAGCUCCCGCGCUGGAACCACCUUCUUCGCACAUGGCUGCGCAAUGACGCCGACCACACGCUGUCACUCCUCCACUCCCUCACCACCGGCUACGCCGCCAUCACGGACGCGCCCGCUUCGCACUUGGUACCCGAGCUGCUUACGCUCUACCCGAACGCCAAGGUGGUCGUCACGGUGCGCGAUCCGCAGGCCUGGAGUCAGAGCAUCGACACGCUCACCUCGGUUGUGGCCCCGUGGUUCUUAUGGGCGGUCCUACUGCCCCUGCCCGGGAUGCGACAUUUCAUGACCUUCAUCUCGUUGGUGAGAGCGCAGUGGGCGCGAGUCUACGAUGGCCAGGCGCAGGAUAAAGCGUGGGUCUACCAGCGCCAUCUGGAGUGGUUGAGGGAGGUGGUCCCGGCGGAUCGGUUGGUGGUGUUUGAUGUUCGGGACGGGUGGGAGCCGCUCUGUCGGGGCUUGGGUAAGGAGGUCCCCAAGGAUAUGCCGUUUCCCAAGAUCAAUGAUUCCAAGGCGAUGGAGCGGGCGGCGGCGCAUUACAUCAGGAGGGGUUUGAUGCGAUGGGCGGUGAUUACAGGGGUGCUUGUGAUGGGCACGGCUUGUUGUAUGCACUGCGCUGUUUUCCACCCCUGCAUAAAACGUCCCGGAGAACGAGUUGCUUAUUUUGCAAUUCUUGGUUUACGGAGAUUGUCCACUAUUCACACGGUCCCGAUAAUCCUUGACCUCUAG